GCUCUCUACGUCGCUCAACCUCGUCGUCGUCGUCCUCGUCGUCCUCGUCGUCCUCGUCGCUGUGGGCCGCAGCUCGUGCAAAGGUUGCAACCCUCGAGACAAGAACAGAAAGAGUUGCAAACGGUGAGUAGCUCACACCAUCUCGCCGCCCCUCUCGCCGUCCACUGGCCUGCAUCGCCUCCCAGUUUCCCGCAGACAAAGCAAAGCCAAUCCCCCACACACGGCCAUUGUCGCCCAGUCAACAAGAUAUCCUGGGCAAAAGGCCCACGUUUACCAUACUGCCUUGACAAAGCAUAUCUCGUCGCCGAGGCGCUGUGUUCCGAUCCUCUCGUUCAUUCGCAUCGCGCCGGCAACGAGCGAGCGAUACACAGUCACGACAUUUGUCACUGACACCCGCUCAGCCUUCACGACUCUUGACUACCAUCACCACGGCUCACGUCCCCCUCCGCCCCAUUCACGACCCCCUACGGACCAUGCAAGUAUAGACCCCACAUCCAACACCCCCAAACAACACUAGCAACCCACCUGUAGAAGUAUAUCAUUCAAACAACACACCAUGUCCCGCCCCCCGUUCAACUCGAACGUCUCCUUCCAGGAGGGCGGUCAACCUCCCCGCCGCGCAUCGCAGCAGCCGCCCCAGAGACCACCUGGCCCGCCCGCGCUCCCCUCCAAGGACAGCUUUGGGAGCACGUCGGCCAACGUUGCGCAGCUCGGCUACGAGGAGGGCGGCUACGGCGGCCACCCCAGCUUCUCACAGGCCAGCGGCGAUGUUAGGCGGAAAAAGAGCAUGGUGCGCCCAGAGCGUGAGCGCAUCGAGCCCGGACACCGUCAAUACCACUACCGCGAGCACGCCAACGACGACAAUGUUCGCGUCCAGGCCAGUAACACGGGCAACCGUCCCUACGCCCCCAACCAGUCAGGCGGCGCCAACCUCCGUCGUGGAAGAUCGGUCCUCGGCCGUGAAGGCGAUGUUGACACCAACGAGUCCGGCCUGAACCUGUUCAAGCGCGGUGCGACUAUCCGCCGCAAGGCCUCGCGCGCAGCUCCUCGCCCGCAGACAGCCGCCCAGCCAAAGCCCGCAGAGGCAAAGCCUCGAGGCUGCUGCUCUGGUAUCGCCCCCGGUCCAAUUGAUGGUUGGAUGAUCUACUGCUUCGUCAUUACUUGCUGGAUCCCCAACUUUAUCAUCUCCAAGGUCUUUGGCAAGAAGACGCCCGAGGCCCAGCGAGCCUGGCGAGAGAAGAUGGGCAUCGUCGCCAUCUGCGCCAGUCUGAUGGCAAUCGUCGGUUUCAUUACCUUCGGCUUCACCAACGUUGUCUGUGGUCCCUCCGGCCUGCGUCUCAAGAACGGCAAUGUGUCGAGCUCGAACGUCAUUGUCAACGGUUACACGUACGACCUGGGCACCUGGCACCACCCCACCAUUGGCCCCUUCAACUCCACCAACAGCCCCCUCUACAUGGAUGGCUACAUGGCCGGCGGCCGCGACAUUUCGUUCCUCUUCCAGAACGUCAACCAGAAGUGCUUGAACAUUAUCACCCCGGCAUCGUCCACCAUCCCCAGCCAGGGCAACAACAUGGCGUGGUACUUCCCCUGCAACAUCUUUGGCCAGAACGGCACAAACGCCGUCAACCAGUCGGGUUACGACUCGGCGGUCAACUGCCACACAUCGCAGAGCGCUCGCGACCAGUUCAAGACCCUCGCGAAGGAGAAGAUGGACGGUCGUUAUGCCGGUGUCGUCUACUUCAGCUGGGAGCAGGUCCGCAACCAGACUGCCAACCUCGCCGUGUACAAGGGCUCCGUCAUUGACAUGAACUUGCUUCAGUGGCUCAACAAGGAGGUGGUCCGCUACCCUGCUCUCUUUGACACGAUGAAGUCGGGCAACUCGACUUUCCGUGGUCGCGACAUCACCGCCCUCAUGAGCCGCGCCGGCUGGGAGGAUGAAGGCAACUGUCUCAACGACGUUAUCCGUGUUGGCUUUGUCGACUCUAUCACCAUUGGAUGUGUCGCCUCCAACAUUGUUCUCUACGUUUCGCUCGUCUUCAUUCUCGGUGCAGUGCUCAUCAAGUUCUUCAUGGCGCUGUACUUCGGCUGGUUCCUCAGCUGGCGUAUCGGCAACUUUGAGGGCGAGAGCUACAAGCAGCGCAUGAAGCGUGCCGAGGAGAUUGAAAACUGGACAGACGACAUCUACAGAGCCGCUCCUGGCUACCUCCGACCCAACGCCAAGGAGAACAAGAAGAAGAGCCACUUCCUGCCUACACAGUCUCGUUUCACCCGCCCAGACACCAUGAUGGUUCCCCAGUCGCGCCCUGGUACUGGCUACGGUACCGGUUCGACUUACGACGUGGGCCGUCGCCAGGGCUCGAGCGUCUACGGCAACAAGUUGACUCCCGGAGGUGCUCGCGACACGCCUCCAGGCUCGCCCAUGCUCCGCGGUUCGCGUUCUUCUUCCUCGCUGCCGUUCGGUCGUGACGGCGAGUCGAUGUUCGCCGGUGACCAGCCUUGCCCAUGGCCCCUCAACAACGUCGUCCCCCAGCCUCCUGCCGACUUUGAGCCCUUCGGUUACCCGCUUGUUCACACGCUCUGUCUCGUCACGGCCUACUCUGAGUCCAUCGAGGGUCUUCGCACCACCCUUGAUUCGAUUGCCACGACCGACUACCCCAACAGCCACAAGCUCAUCCUCGUCGUCUGUGACGGCAUGGUUCGUGGCUCUGGCUCCAAGCAGUUCACCCCCGACAUUGUCCUCAGCAUGAUGAAGGAGCUGGUCAUCCCCGAGUCCGAGGUCGAGGCCCACUCGUACGUUGCCAUUGCCGACGGCCACAAGCGCCACAACAUGGCCAAGGUCUACGCCGGUUUCUACGACUACGACAACGACACUGUCGAGCCCUCCAAGCAGCAGCGCGUGCCCAUGGUCCUCGUUGCCAAGACUGGUAACCCCCUGGAGCGCAACGAUGCCAAGCCUGGAAACCGUGGAAAGCGUGACUCGCAGAUUGUUGUCAUGGGCUUCCUCCAGAAGGUCAUGUUCGACGAGCGCAUGACUACGUUCGAGUACGAGUUCUUCAACGCCAUCUGGCGCUGCACUGGAGUCACACCCGACAGAUACGAAACAGUGCUCUGUGUCGACGCAGAUACCAAGGUCUUCCCCGACUCGGUCUCUCGCAUGAACGCCUGCAUGGUCAACGACACGGAGAUCAUGGGUCUCUGCGGUGAGACCAAGAUUGCCAACAAGCGCGAGACUUGGGUCACCAUGAUCCAGGUCUUCGAGUACUACAUUUCGCACCACCAGACCAAGGCGUUCGAGUCCGUCUUUGGUGGUGUAACCUGUCUCCCCGGUUGUUUCUCCAUGUACCGCAUCAAGGCGCCCAAGGGCGGCUCGGGUUACUGGGUUCCUAUUCUCGCCAACCCCGACAUUGUCGAGCACUACUCGGAGAACAUUGUUGACACGCUGCACAAGAAGAACCUCUUGCUGCUUGGAGAGGACCGAUACCUCUCGACGCUCAUGCUCAAGACGUUCCCCAAGCGCAAGAUGGUCUUCUGUCCCCAGGCGGUCUGCAAGACGAUUGUCCCCGACACUUUCAAGGUUCUGCUCUCGCAGCGUCGUCGUUGGAUCAACUCGACCAUUCACAACCUGUUCGAGCUCAUGCUUGUCCGCGACCUCUGCGGCACAUUCUGCUUCUCGAUGCAGUUUGUCGUCUUCAUGGACCUUGUCGGUACACUCGUCCUCCCGGCCGCCAUCUCGUUCACGCUCUACAUCCUCAUCAUUACCAUCCUCCCCAGGAGCGUCACGCACCAGGCCAAGCCUAUCGUCUCGCUCGUCCUUCUCGCCUGUAUCCUCGGUCUCCCCGGUGUGCUCAUCAUCAUCACCUCGCGCAAGCUCGUCUACGUCGGCUGGAUGCUCAUGUACCUGCUCUCGCUCCCCGUCUGGAACUUUGUCCUGCCUGCCUACUCGUUCUGGCACAUGGACGACUUCUCCUGGGGUGAGACGCGUAAGGUCGCGGGUGAGGGCAAGGGCGACGCUUCGCACGGCGACAAGGAGGGCACGUUCGACUCGUCCAACAUUGUUAUGAAGCGCUGGAUCGAGUUUGAGCGUGAGCGCCGCUGGCGCGAGGGCACGACUUCGCGCGACUCGUACUACGACGUCAUCCAGCGCUCCAACUCGCCAAAGAACAGCAACCGCUACUCGAUGGUGUCGACUAGCGAGACGUACCAGAGCGGCCUGUACACUGCCGAGUCCAACCAGAACCUGCGCCCUAGCCAGAGCCCUAUUUACGGCUCGGGCUACGUCCAGAGCCCAUCCGAAUACACCCCCGGCUCCCAGCACCUCGGCCUCCCUGGCCGUGGUGAGCCCUCGUCUUCGUCUGCCGAGUCCGCACGCCGCACCAACCGCAGCCCCGUGGACUCUCGCCGCGAGCCCAGCUACCAGGGGCAGUACCACGACGAAGAACAGCCAAUCCUGCGCACGUCGCCCGAGCUGAGCUACUCGUCGGGCGACAGGAGAGCUCAGCCUGCUCCUGCUGCGCGUGGCGUUUCGCUCGUUGACCCGGGCUACGUGCCCCCCGCGAGCGCUGCCGACCCUGUGCGCCGUGUCGCACGCCAGCAGCACCAGAGGCGAACAUCGAACGGGCGCCAGAACGUCAUGUCGCCAACGUCGUCGCAGUCUCAUGGAUCGAGCCUGCCGCCUGGUGCUGCCCCCGCGAGAUUCUAA